AUGAUUAGACCAGAGCCUGCUGAAAGAGAGCACUGGGGAAGACAAAUUGAAUUCGCUUUUGCUUGUGUUGGAUUUGCGGUCGGUUAUGGCAACUUCUGGCGCUUUCCUUAUAUGUGUUUCAAAAACGGUGGAGGUAAGUUAACAUAGUUGGAAAACCGUUAAGCCAAUUUUCACAGUUAGGUAUCUUUCAAAACGGAAACUAUGUGAGAGUUGCUUAGUGCAAGAGAAGAUGAAACCAGUUCUUAGAAAUCGGAAACAUGCAACCAUUGCCAACGCGGGAAAAUUUCAUUAUUUCCAAGCCCAGGGAAAAAUUAACUUGUUCGAAUUGAGACCACAACCGGUUCAACUUGUACAUCAAGAAGGGAAACGCCCUUCAGCCUGGAGAGAUUAACCAGAGCUUUGGAACUGAUGCACGAAAGGUGAACUGAACACAACAGCAAAUUUUAGAGAAGAGGUAUUAUUGUUUGGUUAUUGUGUUUCUUCGACUGUUGCAAAGGUUGCUCUUUUUUUAGUAAGGCUUUAAUGGAGGAUGAAGAAAGCUUGGAACACAAGUUGGAUUUAACUUGGUUGACUGUUUCGUUUUUUUGUUUGCUGUUAAAGUUCCUUUCAUACAAACCAAUUUUCUCGGCCAUGUAAAUAGCUAACGAUUUUUCCUCGACAAGUGCUUGAAUGGGGAGACUUGUCAAGGAAACGUUGCCACGUUUUCCAAUUUGUAACUGAGAGCAAAUUUCUUGCUCUUGUAUAUUGACCAUGCUUGUGUAAAUGGGGGUUAACACACGAUCUAACUUUCUGUUUCUAUUCAGGCGCAUUCCUUAUCCCAUAUAUAUCAUUUCUUCUCUUGGGUGGUAUUCCGUUGUUCUUUAUGGAGCUCAGUAUUGGUCAGAUUCUUCAGGCAGGCCCAGUUAAAGUGUGGAGAAAGCUAAGCCCGCUUUUUUCAGGUGCGUGUUAUUCUCACCAAAUAACUCAUGACGAUGUCGAAACUUUUUCAUCCUCUAUAUAACAUAAUAACACCACUAAAGAAGAAUAAACGGAAACAACACAUAAUGAUAUGUCACGACAGCUUAAAGGGAACCUCCACUCUUACUACAGAAUAAGUUUAAAUCGAAUAAAAUUAUGUUGAUAAACAAAUUUGUUCGAAAUUUGUCCUUAAAAAAAGUGUUUAUAUCAGGAAAAGUGAAUUUUAAAAUCGCUUAUUUUCACUUUCAAAUUUCGCGGGCGCCGCCAUCUUGAAUAAUUGUGACGUGUUACGGUUGCUCUAUUGUUAUUAAACAAAAGCUCUUUGUGUCAGAACGACAGAGCAACCGUAACACGUCACAAUUAUUCAAGAUGGCGGCGCCCGCGAAAUUUGAAAACAAAAAUAGGCCAAUCUAAAAGUUAUUUCUUUCGGAUACAAACGCUUUCUUUAAAAAUAUUUUAGAUUGACUUGACUGUAACAGUUAUUUCCUGUGAUUUAAAGUUAUCUUUUUGUUGAAGUGGAGGUUCCCUUUAAAUGUAUCCUAGGACACCCUUUGUAGCUUAAGUCAUGCUUGCAAAAACUGUUACAUUGUCCCUCGGUGUAAGUUUCGAUUCGUCGCAUCCAUUUCUUAUGUUCAAGAGUUUUCUUUUUAUCGUGAUUGAAAUUUGUCCUAUCGCUAUGAAUUGGCUUGUGAUUGGUCCACUAUGGUCACGUGGGCUAAAUAAUACACUCUAAGGCUAUGUUCACACACACUAUGCCGGAUACCUUGAUCUUUAGACUUUCUCAAAGUCCUUCGCUUCUCAUUUCCGGUUCCGGUAGUCUCUCGCUCACUUUGUCACCGAAAAAAUAAAACUUUUCUUGCUCGCGCUUUGCGCUCGAGCAAAACUUUGAGCUCGACUUGUGGGCAAGUUUACUCGAUCUUGCGCCGACACGAAAGCCAUAUCGGAUAAAAUUUCUAUUUACACUUAAGACGGUGAUCUUGAAAGUGGAUCGUCACAUACCGGAUAGGUUUCUGUCACCCUUCGUCGCACUGUGAACAGGUAGCGGAAGUAAAUGAGUAGGAGCGAGGACUGAAACCCAAUGAGACAGAAUUAAAUAUUCAGAAGUGAGGAUUGGGAUUUAGUUGGAAUUAGUGCACCACGCUCUCUCGGCCAAACGCUCCGGUCCAGUGUUCGGUGUCACUGUAAAGUUUUGAACGACUUGUUCCUGUUCUCUGGCCACAUCCUUUACCUUGUCAUCUCCCUUAUCUUGUAGGUAUUGGCUUUGCAAUGAUCACGGUAUCGUUCAUGGUCUCAGUUUAUUACAAUGUUAUCCUGGCUUGGAGCAUUUAUUACCUUUAUAACUCGUUCACGUCCGAUUUACCAUGGGUUGGCUGCCAUCACGCUUGGAAUACAGAGAGAUGUUACCAGCUUAAAGCAGGCUUCAACAUAAGUAACUAUGGUAACACAACAAAAGUGUCUGCCAGUAAAGAGUUCUUCAUGUAAGUUCCGUGUAUUACCUAUCUGUCAAGUUGCUCCCAGAAGAAAUCCUUUUUUAAAGAAAAUAGACUCGUUUUGACAUUAUUAAGGCGCCCUAAAGAUUGCGCAAGUCACAAAAUAGCAUUGAACCAAAGAGAAAUGGAAACUAAAUAUAAUCAAUUCUUCGGUGCUAAGCAAUGGAGAGACCGGGACCAAUAGCCUUCUGGCUAAAUUCGUUGGUUGAUUCGUUUGUCCCUCGAGAUAAUUGAGCGGGUGAUCGCGCAAGUACGAGGGUCGCUUCUCUCCUUUCCCACGUUAAAAACUGCCAUGAAUUAUUAUCACGGCGUUUUAGGGCAAUUCUUCCGGCCACCCUUACAACCCGGUCUGCAAAAAUUAUAAUACAAACUAGAUACGGGUGACUUCAACGAAAAAAGAACACUUUGCUCAAAUUUUGGUAUUAUUUUCCUCAUAACAUACUACUGAUGCCCCACAUACGGAUCGUGGCUUCGGAGAAUAAUCUAAAACUUUCUAAAGCGCCAUGAUAAAGGCUAGCCAUGGGUGUUAAACUGUCCUUAAUACUUAAUUAAGUCAGGGGGUACUGAAUCUGUUUAUUGCGGAUUGAAUCUACGCAAAUUACAUCACUUUAUUGAAUAUUUCUAAAGUGAUCAUCUUUCCAUGCUCAGACUUCCGGACAACCAUUGCUAAUUUUUUGGCUCUUUUAUUUCUACUGUGACAGUCACAAUGUUCUGGAAAUGACGGAUGGAAUUGAACAGCCUGGUCACUUGAAUUACAAGCUUACAGUGUGCCUGUUUGUGGCUUGGGUUCUUGUUUAUUUCUGUAUCUGGAAAGGCAUUCGUACAACCGGGAAAGUCGUUUACGUCACAGCCACACUACCUUACGCGUUCUUGGUUAUCCUGUUCAUACGAGCUAUCACCUUACCUGGAUCACUUGACGGGAUCAUGUAUUAUAUUACACCAGAGUGGACUAAACUUGCGGACCCUACGGUACAUUUAAUUAUUGGCAUUAUAAAGCAUGGCGUUAGCUGACCCCCUUAGCUGUCUAUUGCAUGAAGGCAUGUGCAUUGAAAAUAUGAAUCUAAAAAGUGGUUUGUUCCGUUCUUAACAACUACAGUCGACUCUCGAUAACUCGAACCUUCGAGGAAAAUCGAAAACAGUUCGAGUUAUCGGGAGUUCGAAACAAAUACCCAGAAGUAAGGAAACAGGAUGGGGAAGAAUGUAAGUAUCAUGCACACUUGACUUCAAGGGCAGCAAGAGAUAAACUGAUAUUUUGAAAAUGAAAUUAAGCAACAAAGCCUGAUUAAUGAGUACAGUGCUAAACAUUGUAUUUAAAUUGGACUGACAAAAAAAGUAAAGAAGCUUAAAAACAAAGUCGAGAAAAAUUCAGUGUUUUGGACUGCAGUUCACUGCACUUUUUUCAACUUUGCCAACUAAAAGGAGUAGCGAAAGGCGGGGAUCAACUCUAGGUGUCCGUGCUAUAGAGGUGUCGGUCAAAUGCGAGUUGACUGUACCCUUUUUCUUAACAAUUCCUAAUACGUCAGUAACUUUGCUUAAUUAUUGUUUACCAGGUCUGGAUCGAUGCAGCGUCGCAAAUUCUCUACUCUCUAGCAAUCGGUUUUGGAGUAUUGAUAGGAUUUGCAAGCUACAAUAGACGAACAAAUGACAUUUAUAAGUAAGUGCCAUGGUUUGUUGAACCUCUUACACCCGCAUGAAUAUAUAAACUCCCUGGGUUAAAACCCCAAGCCUCUGUCGGUUAAUGGAGUGGUAGCCAAUCAGUGACCAGUAUUGAGAUCACGCAACCUGAAGUGGUUUGUUCAAUCUACGAUGCGUCGAGGCCAGGUACCACUCUUUUUCCUCUUACCGAGCGUGGCACGGAUCGACAUUUUGAACAGAAAGUGAAGUAAGCGUAAAGGAAAUUGGGUAAGGUGAAAUUGGAACAUUGUUUAAGCCUUCCUCUGUACUGUUGCCUGCCUGUAUAGUUUUGCGCGACGUAGUUGGAGCAUGGUUCAAUGGAACGUCUUCGGCUGUUUCUGGAACAAUUUCACUCGCCGUACCUCCCAACUAAAGAAGGUUCAGUUAUACACUGUUUCCUAAAAACAGUCGAACUGAAACUGUAGAUGGCCCGUUUGACAAUAGUGCGAAAAAUUGCGCGUCUUUUUUUGUUGUCUUCAUAGAAACCUUCUGAGUUCAGGUUUGUUUCUCCUUGUUAUAAUGUUCUGGUUUGUUGUAUUUUUAGGGACGGGUUGGUAAUUUCGCUCGUAAACUGCAGUACCAGCGUGUUCGCAGGCUUUGUGGUGUUUGCUAUUGUGGGACAUAUGGCUCAUAUACAGGACACCAGCCCAACACAAGUAGCUUCUCAAGGUAUAGUUAGAGUAGCAUUGUCUCGAGUCGUAGUUCCUGUGCAAAGAGGUGAUGACUUCCGCACAGACUGUGGAAACUUCAGUCACUUUGAAUGGCAGUUAUAUGCACUCACACAGACGAUCAUCUGGAUCAAAUUUAACUUACUUACUUUUCAGAAAAAUAACUUAAUUGUCUAUUGAGAGUUUUAGUUAACGGAGGGGGAGAAAUCCCAAUGGUAUGGUGGAGUUAUAAUUAGGGUUGAGCAACGAUAAAUAUUCUGAUUUUUAGGAACGUGAAAACAUCCAGAAACAGAAAAAUAGAUUAACUAAUGCACUACACGACAAUAUUUCAUUUUCGUUAAGUACUGUGGCAUUCCUCCUUGGAACCUAAUUCUGCACUUAGAAGAGAAUUAAAAGAAAAGAAUUUUUAUCUUGUAGUGACCACUUCUCCAAUCAGAAUACAAUAUCUACGUCAUGUAAAUGUUCUGUCACGCCCUUUAGCCAAAACACUUUAAUCACGUGCUGAUGCUUGAUACAUCGUCAUUCGUUCCUUUCUUUUUAAGGUCCCGGAUUGGUGUUCAUCGUGUAUCCAGCAACUCUUGGCCAACUUCCCGCGCCACAGUUCUGGUCUGUUGUCUUCUUUCUCAUGCUUAUAACCUUGGGUCUUGACAGCCAGGUUAGUGAACGGAAUUACGAGCAAAGUUAAAAGAAAUUACAGUCAACUCGCAUUUAACGGACAACUCGCUAAAACGGACACCUAGAGUUGGUUCCUGCCUUUCUUUAUCCUUUCAGUUGACUUUCUAUAGGACGGACAUCUGUGUUAGAUGGACACAUGCUGGUCCCAUAGGUGUCCCUCGAAGAGGGAGCUGUUUGUUAGCUAUCCCUGGUUUUUCUCUAACUCUGGGCUGAAGGGUGUAAUUGCACUAUGCUCUAGACAAGUUCAGGUUUGCUGACAAAGAAGGUUAACGUUAAGUAAUUGUCAGUUAGUACAACUGUCUGACAGAGCGCGCAGAUUUGGAAUAAUUUGAUAGCGACGCACGGAAUUCCCUUCCUUCCUUUAGAACUUUAAAUAGCCUGCCUAACAGGUUUAGAGAGAUUCGUAUUGCCUCUCCCAGAUAGUUUCCUAGCACGGAACGGCGUCUGUUCGAGAUACAUGGCCAAAACGGAAGUGCCUACAUUAUGUCAAUGGCCUUCUUUAACAUGGCUUUCUUUUCAUGAUAUAGUUUGGGCAAGUCGAAGUAGUUGCAGCUGCUAUCAUAGACCAAUAUGAAUUACAGAGAUACAGAGAAGCAAUUGUGCUGGCCGUUUGCUUGGUUAUGUUUGCUUUGGGGCUGACAUGUGUCACUCAGGUGAGAUACUCAGUCGUCUAGAAUUUUUGACAGGAAGAAACUUUCAAUUAGUGUCACCUUAAAAGAUUUGAUCGAGAGAAUACUCAGACUUUGAACGCAUUGUGCGCUAGAGAGUUACAAACAACAUUGCAGGAAAGGAAUGUUCACAGCUUUCAUUUGAAAGCUAAUUUAUUCUCCUACUUCAGUAUCAUGUUUGAUGCUGGCUUAAUGGAUAUACCAAAAGCUUUUGGGUGGAGCUUGAAUGAUUUGAUACUCAGAUCUCUUGUUGAGCUUGAGUUAUUAUUAUUAUUAUUAUUAUUAUUAUUAUUAUUAUUAUUAUUAUUAUUAUUAUUAUUAUUAUUAUUAUUAUUACUAUUUUAAAUUACAGGGCGGCAUAUACGUGUUCAACUUGUUUGACUCUUUCUCUGCGGGAAUAUCAUUGUUGUUUCUGGUAACAUUUGAGUUGCUGGUCGUUGGCUGGAUCUACGGUAGGCAACAUAUAUAAUCGUCUUUAAUUCCCCACUUCUUUCAGAAAGGUCGUUCUUAUACCAUCAGAAGGCUACGUCUCAGUAUAUCUUCACAGUAUGUCGGAUAGCUCUUGCGCCGAUAUGAAAACUAUACCGGCUAGGGCUAUUGUUGACACAUAAAGAGCAGAUUUCGGCGCGAUUUCUAUAACGAAACGAAGCUGCUCUGCACCAGUUUUGAAAGAAGAAUGUCACGUAUCGGAUAAAUUUCUGCCACUUUUCGUGGCAAUGUGAACUGGCAUUCGAACCGUAGCGGAAGUGAAUAAGUCGGAGCGAGGACUGGAACCCACUGAGACGGAAGUAAAUAUUCAGGAGUGAAGAUUGGGAUUUAGUGCACCAGACCCUGUCAGCCAACCGCUCCGGCACGAUGAUCGAUAUGGGUGAACGACUUGUUUCAGUCCUAUGCGGUGCUGUUUAUAUUAUAGUCUAGAUGUUACAGGUCAAAAUUAUAUUCAGGUUAAAUUUUUUUAAACUAGGUUGAUUGUCAAUUUCCUUUGUCUCCUAGCUCUAAUUAUUCAAUUUUGACCUGAAUAUAAUUAAGAUACAAAGGCAUCUUCAGUACGAUACCGCGAUGUCAUACCGCUAAAAACAUACAAACUGCAAAUAACAUCAUACAUCAAUCAGACGCAUCAAAAACAUUCCUCGGCAAAAAACGGAGUUAAUCGUUCCUACUAUACUACUUACAUUCUAGUGAUAAACAGAUCAUCUUUUUAUUCAUCAGGGGCCAAAAAAUUAGCGGAAGAUAUCGAAGCAACUACAGGGCGUCGAGUUUCCAGGUGGUGGAUAAUGUGCUGGCAAGUUGUCACACCUUCAAUGGUUGUUGUAAGUAAAAGUUUUUUGGUUAAUAUUCAAAUAGCGACCAAAACUGUUAAUGGCACAAGUUUACCAGUCAUUAGCAAGUGCAAUAAAAUGUGAGACUAUAGUCCACUUUCUCUAAACGGACACCUCUAUAAGACGAACACCUCUCUAUGUUGGUCCAUGCCGUUUUUCAGUCAUAUUACUGUAACAGAAUCACAGGUGUCACAUUUCCAUAGGCGUACGGGCAAUUUUUUGCCAGGGGGGGCGGUAAUCCAUUUGCCCAAAAAAUUCUUGCAAGUUGCCCAAAUUUUUACAAAAGAGUCGAAAGGAAACUACGGCCAUGCAUAACAUUUAAGGCCGUACUGGCAUAUGAAAGUGGCUCGAUACAGUUUUUCAGAGUUAAUACCUGCCAAGUUUGAGCAUAAACUACGUACGUCGCCACAAACAAGAAUUUGGAAAAAAUUACCACCACAGUUGUAUUAGAUAAAGAGGGAAAUUUGUCAUGAUCAGGGUUGCAAUGACAUCGGAGCUGUCAUAGCAACGAAAUGACGCCAUUACCUAUCGUCAAGAGAGGAUAAAGGGGACAGAGAAGGCAUCCCCCAUACACACCCUAUUCCAUAGGUAAUUCGUCUCGAGUUAUUUUUAAGACACACAGAUCCCAAGGGGGAUUAGACAACAGCCAAUCACAUAGCGCGAAUGUGUUCCGCGUGGAUGACCCACGCUCAGAGCCACGCGUCCUUCACGAAUUGAAGCAGAACAAAAUGGUGGAAGACUCGGAGAGUGAUAUUGCUAUUCGUUUUGUCGACGAAAACGACUAAAGAGAGAUUUCUGCUAAAGCGGUGUCAGCGAAAUGGAAAUUAAAAAAGAAUCGCCCUUCCUCUCUUGUAUAGAGCUAACAGUACAGGAGGGAAAUCCUUAACACACUGAAUAUUCUCUCAUAAUCAUUUAUAAUUUACAUUUUGAAGAGAGCAAUUUCUGGUUUGAUAUUUAUUCUUUUAUUAGUCUUUUAUUAUCCAACAAAAAUAACACUUGGCGUCCUACUUGCUUUAUUGUACAAACGACCGGUUUCAAUAGACCGGCGAAAUUUCUCAUUUUAUUAAAGUACUCAGGUUACGACAACUUCGAGUUAAACUGAUUUCACGGUUUGUCAAAGACUCCAGCGAUUCCCUUUUCCCAGGUGAGCUUCAAUAUUCAGAAAUGCUCUAAAUGUAUUUACGCUUUCAUUGCCUUUCGCCCGACAUGUUUUGCACGGCGUUUAGUCAUGCGAAACCUCCACGAAACAUCCACGCAACGCGCGAGGUAACUUUAUCCCGAUUCUAAAAAUAACUCGAGACGAAUUACCUAUGGAAUAGGGUGUGUAUGGGGGAUGCCUUCUCUGUCCCCUUUAUCCUCUCUUGCUAUCAUGUAUUAUACUUGCCGCCAUAUUACUCACUGGGAACUGUUCUUACAAAAUCGUUCAGGGGAGCUCUUUCCUCCAAUAGUGGCCUCGAUGUUCGUGAAGUUAAAACGGAACUGUAACAGCGUUAUCGAAAUAUUUUGGGAUGAAGUUUUUAUUGUUAGAAAUAAGGUAAAAAAGGAAAAUCUUGAUGUUUAGCCGUAAUCUGAAGAAAACGAAGCGCUUUUGACAUGCAAUUUCUCCUCAUAGUAGUUUCAAUCUUUUUAAAAACAUGUGUGAAAGAUCAUGGAGAUAGCUCCUGCCAAUUGCUAUAAAGAAGGAUUUGAUUAGCGCUCUCGUUGGGGGUUUUGUAAACAUUUCGGUCUACUUACAAGUUAGUGAAUAAUUUUUAAACCUCUCGAUAGAUUUUCUUCAAAAAAAUUAAGAUUCUUCUCGUAAUUCAAACUGAGAAUUAGUCAGCCACUUCUUCACUUUCAACCCCACUGCUGAUGCGUGUUCUGCCACACACUGUUCUAGGAGUGGAGGUGAUUCUAGAAAGUUAUGCGGAAGUUUAUUCUAAUCAAUUCACGACUGGAAAUAGCCCAUUCCAGCUAAUGCAGUGCAGUACAGUGCCCAACAAUAAAAAAAUCAGCAUAUGAUACCCUUCCCUCAUAACCAGAAACUCAUCACGUGCUAGGCAACCACUGUCUCGUGUGAACGUACACGCUGACUUCUGGUUAAAAUAGAAAAUAUUUAUCUCUUCAAAAUAAUAAUAAUAAUAAAAACAUGGAAACGUCUUUAAAAACUGGCUUUGCCCAAAUUUUCUCUUGCUGCCCAAAAAAUCUGAGUUGCCCAAACUUUGGGGGGGCUGCAGCCCCCUCGCCCCCCGGCCCGUACGCCUAUGCACAUUUCUUUGACUCUUUAUAAGCCAGACGGACACCUCUCUAAGACGGACAGUCAGGACCGGUCCCGAAGGUGUCCGUAACUUUACUGUCAGUUGCGGAAAAAAUUAUCAAAGAAUUUCCAGGGAAAAUAUGGCACAGUAACAGAAUCUUGAAAAAUACAUGUAUGCAACCAAUGCCAGGCGUGGUAAAGCAUACAACAAAUUCUUCUUGAUGAAGAGAACUCUCUGAGUGAUUUUCAGUUUAAUUGCAAAGUUGGGAUUUAACAAUUGCUUUGAUUUACAGGGAAUAUUCUUGUUUAGCAUCAUCAAGUACAAGUCCGUAGCGUACGAGGGCAGAAUAUAUCCCAGUUGGGCUGAGGGCCUGGGUUGGAGUAUCGCCUGUUGUUCCAUGCUUUGUAUUCCCAUUACUGCCGUCCGUGUUUUAAUGAGAGCGGAGGGCUCGUUUUUUGAGGUAAGCGUUGCGACCGUUUGA